CAGUUAACAAUCCUUGAAAACGCAUUUUGAAAAAUGUCUUGAGAGAUGUGGAACUGAUAAAACCCCUCCAAGCACUUCUCGGCGGAAAGCAAAGAUUAUACUGACGACGACAGCCGCCGAGUACCCCGCAUGUAAACUUGAAACCAAUACUUUGCAGCUGCACAAUAUGACAACAACAGCUCCACCAAGCUCUCCCAUGUUUUCAUUCUUCCAGAUGGAGAUGAACAGCAUGCGUCAUGAAGAAGACAAUAUUUUACCGCCAACAACCACAAUGCCGAUAGCGGACAAAGACCUCGUUUUUGUACAUCUCAAUGAGGUCACGGGUCCAACACAAGAUACAGACACCAGGCAUCAAGUAAGAUCACAUGUGAUGCGUGACUUCCAGCGGAAGAAGCACAAGUCGGCAAAGUCCACUCACCCAAUUAGACGUUCUCUAUUACCGGAUCGAGAAGCACACCCUCUAGAAGCAGAUGAUCGGCAAAUAGUGGCAUCAAGUGGAGAGUCAUCAAAAGAUGCAGAGGACCUUCCCGAGGAAAUGAUGGCAAUUAUGCGAUUACCUGAUCCACAAGUUCUAGGAAUGCUAGAGCCUUUCAAUACACUUCCCAUAUCUGGAUCUCCGCGGCUCCAAUUAUUGAUGCAUCAUUACAAUACAGUCUUAGUCAAUACCCUGAUUCCCGUGAACCCAAAAGAUAAAUGGUUCAAUUACGCGAUCACAGAUUCAGCACUAUUCCACGCAACGAUGAUGCAUGCUGCCAUGCAUCAACGAGUGGUAAGUGGUGGAAUGGAUCAGAGAGAGCAGAUCCAACUGGAAACGAAUGCGAUCAUGAUGGUAAAUCAGCGUUUGGAAGAUCCAGUGCUCAGUAAGAGUGAUGUCACAAUUGGAGCUGUUGUUUGUUUGGUGCUGCUUGAGAAUCAAGAAGGCAAUCUAGCACUUUCCAACAUCCACAUGAAUGGACUGCAAAAAAUGGUAGCUUUGAGAGGAGGUAUCGAUAAUUUAGGUUUAGCGGGCGUCCUUCGUCGGAAAAUCCUGUGGGGAGAUAUUCUGAACGCAACGAUAGCCGGAACUGAACCUCGUUUCAACAUGACACCAGCUGAUACCCAUCCUAUGACGGAAUUCACCUCUUUCACAGCCUGCAAGCCAAUCCAAUUCGACCAAAAUGCAGCAGACCAAACCCAACUCUCUGAGCCAGCAUGUACUUGCUCCGCCCAGUUUUCCAGCGUGCUCGGCUCGCUCCGCAGCAUAUCUUCCCAAUCCCAUCUGGAAUCAGAUAUUACUGGGACUUUGAGCGACAGCAUCUACCUAGUAGAACGCCAUCUCUUCUACCUCCUAAAACACACCCGAGAUUUCCCCGGUCUGCACUCCCCAACCUGCAGCUCACUUGGUCAAACAUGUUUUGUAGCAGCACAGAUGUAUUUGUAUCAUACUCUGAGGGAUUAUCCUUUCGAGGUUCCAGUCUUUCAAAUGUUUCUGCAAAGACUCAAUGCCCAGCUGUGGGAUCCAAUUACUUUUGACGUGAACUUGAUGUGGGAGGGGAAGGAGCAGAUGCUGCUGUGGGUAUUGAGUUUGGGUGCUUUGGCCAGUAGAGGGAUCGAGAUGAUGCGAGCUAGAUAUGUGCGUGAGAUGGAGUGUGUGUGCAAUACACUGGGUGCAGUUGACCUGGAAGGGUUCAUUGCACUGCUCAAUGGUGUUGUAUGGAGAGAUGCAGGGAGAGAUUUGAAUUUGGUUGCGUUGUGGAAUGAGGUGCACAGUGGGAUGAAUUUCGAGAACUUUGGCUUCGAAGACUUACAGUUGGGAUCCGAUGUGGACAUGAACAUAGAGAUGAUAGACUACCAACGUUAAUUAAGAGAAGCGUUGUCAUUUAGUAGACGUAAUUUGUCGGUUGCCUAGAA